AUGGGAAUUCAAAAUCUACUAAAACAUCUGCAAGAAAUUGAGAAAAAGAAACAUGUAAGGGCUUAUGCUGGAAUGAAAGUAGCUGUGGAUGGUUACUGUUGGCUACACAAAGCUGUCUACACUUGUAAAAAGGAUUUAGCCAAAGGCCAAGGUCUUGAUAAGCUGAUCUCUUUUUGCCUUAAGAGAAUCUAGCUUAUGAGGAGCUUCAAUGUAACACCAGUUAUGGUCUUCGAUGGAGGUAAAUUGUAAAUGAAGAAAAGCAUUGAAGAGGGAAGAAAAAAGAACAGAGAAAAAUGCAGAGAAAAGGCUGAGGAGCUUCUAAGAGAAGGAGACGAGGAGAACGCCAUGAAAAAAUAUGGUGAAAGUAUUGAUAUUACACCAUAAAUGGCACAUACUCUUAUCAAAGCACUUUAGGCAAUGGAGGUUGAGUAUUAUGUUGCUCCUUAUGAAGCUGAUGCUUAAUUAGCUUAUUUAUGGUUAAAAAAUCAUGUAUAAGUAGUGUUCACUGAGGAUUCAGAUUUACUGGCGUUUGGCUGCAGAAAAGUUUUUUUCAAAAUGGACUCUGAUGGAAACGUUAAAAAGCCGAAUUUCUAAAACUUUACCCAGGAUAUGCUUUUGACUACCUGCAUAUUAUCAGGGUGUGAUUAUUUAGACUCUAUAAAGGGUAUUGGAUUUAUGAAAGCACAAAAAUUGGUUGAAUAGUGCGCUAAUGAAGUGGAUAUUUUCCAUGAAGUUAUGGGCCUUCUUAAAGAUGAGGGCAAAGUGGUCAUACCAGAUGGCUACGAAGAGGACUACAAAAAAGCAUUUUUGACUUUCAAGUUUCAGAGAGUAUUUUGCCCAACUCGACAAAAAUUAGUUAUGCUUCAUGAUAUAACAGAAUGUGAACAUGGGGCUGAGAUGACAAAACUCAAAGAUACUAAUUUUCUUGGAAAAGAAAUUGAUAAUAUAAAAGCUCAGAGAAUAGCAAGAGGGGAAAUAGAUCCAAUAUCUUUCAAGGAAUUCAUAUAAAAUGAUGAUGAGGAUAGAAUAGUCUAAAAAGUAGUUAAAAAUAAAGAGAAAAAAACAUUGUUCGUCUCAAAUACUUACUCUGAUUCUAAUGGAUCCAAUGCAUACGAUUAAUAAUAAUAAAUGCCCCCAUUUCUGCAAAAUAAUCCUCAUCCAGAAUACAUUGAACUUUGGAAAAAGCAUCCUAAAUGUUUCUGGUAAAAGUAUUGGGAAGACAAGAAAAAUGGGUGCUUAAAAUAUGUUAGAAAACCUUACUUCAAUAAAAAAGCUAAGACUGCUAAUGAACAAAGUGUAGGUUAAGGUAAGAGAGGGAAAAAGCAGGAUAAUCAUAAGUAAGCAAAACUCAAGUACAAUUAGAAACCCCAAGAUUCAGAGGAUGAUGAUAUGGGUGGGUUUUCUCCAAAAGCAUCAAAAUAGGCAAAAUAAUAGACCCUGGAUGAAGAAGAUGAGUAGUUUUUGCAUGAUAUCAGUAUUAAUGACAAAUAGAAAGCUGAUGCUAUAGAGGGAUUUUUGAAUAGAACAAAUUAUAAUGGUGGCCUUUCCAAAUUGAAUGAAUAAGACAGGAAAACUGCUAAAGCUUUGAGAGAAUUUAGAGAUGAAGAGACAAAAAAAGGUCUGAAAAAAAGAGAGGAAAAAUUGAAAAGAUUUAAGUAAAAUGCUAUUAAAAAGAAAGAAAAGAAGGAAAAAAAGAAGAAAUUUAUGAAAGAUUUAGAAGAUUUAACACUGAUUGCUAAAGGUAAAAUCAUGGCUUCAUAAUUGACACAAUAAACUCAAUAAAUUCCUGAGGCAAAAGAAAGUGAUGAGUCUAGUCAAGAAAAUGAUAAGGAAUCACCGUUCUAACUUUUUAAUAAAAAAUCUAAAAAAAGUAAAAAGAUCAAGAAAGAUAAAAAGAAAAAGGACAAGAAAAAGAGCAAUAAAAAUGAUAAAAAAAUAAAGACGUUAAAAGAUAUAGGAGGACAUGAGGCUGAGAAUAAGAUAAUUGAAAGUAUGGAGUAGAUUAAUAUGCUUCCUGCCUCUCAAGGUUUUCAAGUAAUAGCCCCUUCUUGCAAAAAUCUGACCAAGUUUACUAACAAUAAUAGCCAGAUACCAACUGCCUCUCAAAGCUACAUUCCUCAAUUACAAUCUUAGAUUAUUCCAGCUUCCUAGGUUCCAUUAAGUCCAGCAUUAUAAUAAUAAAUCCUGAUGUCCCAAUUGAGUUUUCAAAAUAUCUAAAAUAAUAAUGGAAUGGUGCCAGCUCUAAAUCGAGAUGGGCCAAGCGAGGAAUUUGAUAAGAUGUUUUUGGAAGUUAUGGAUCCUAAGGAAUACAAAAAAAAAUACUGUAAAAAUCAGGGAUAGAUGUUACCACCUACCUACUUAAGGAAAAGAUAAAGAAGUUCUAGGAAAAAAAAUUAAAAUGAAAUUACAAUAUCCGAUGACUCAGUACAGACUAUUCCGAGUCCAUUUUUUGGUGGUCUAGAUAGUAUGCUGUUUUCAUAGAUGUCCACUAAUCUACCGUUGCAAAGUCAAUAAAUACAGAAUUUAAGGGAUAAUAAAAAAGGAGAAGAUAAAUCCUAUUUCGAGUAAUUUUCUGGUGGGAAAACUAUAAGUUAGCUAGCAUCGGGUUAAAAUGAAACAAUAUAAAGGAAAAGCAACAGUAAGAAAAAUAUUAAUCCGGAGUCUAAAUAAAAACUCAGAAAAUCCAAAAUUAAUGAAGAGGAAUUAAAACUAUCGAAAUAAAGCAUCUUUACAUCGAAUAAUAAUUUGCAGGAUGUAGGCGGGAACAUAUCUAGUAAUGUAAAUUCUGAGGAGAUUACUUCCCCAAUUAAUCCUCUUUUGAGGUAACUAGCAAUUGAAAGAUAGCAAAGGAUGCUGCAAAAAUAAAAAGCUUGA